AUGCAGAUUAAAAUUCCAAUGGUGGACAUUCUGCAAGAAGUGCCAAAGUAUGCAAAGUACAUCAAGGAAAUUGUGGCAAACAAGCACAAACUAACUAAGUUCGAGACUGUAGCACUCACUGAGGAGUGUAGUUCCAGAAUUCAGAAUAAGCUGCCUCCUAAAUUGAAGGACCCAGGAAGUUUCACAAUUCAAAUUUCAAUUGGAAAAUAUGUGGUUGGGCGAGCAUUGUGUGAUUUUAGAUCAAGCAUAAACCUGAUAUCGUUGUCUGUAUUUCGACAGCUAGGCUUGGGAUAUCCUCGACUGACUACAGUGGUAUUGCAUUUGGCUGAUAUAUCAUUAGCCAGCCCCGAGGGAGUCAUUGAAGAUGUGUUGGUCUAA